AGUGCCUGCCGUCGGGAUGCCUCGGUCGGUGCUGCGCUAAGCCCUUUGAGAAACGGUCCUUCGAGCGGUGCCCUUGGAGGCUAGUCUUCCCGGAGGAACUAGCAUGGAUUCAGUUCCUUCAUUCCUGCGCCGGGUCCUCCUCCGUCCUUCCCGCUCGAACUGAGGCCGGAGAGUCUCUGGUGGAGCUGCGGGGAGCCUUGGCAAAGAGGAGUGCAUCUUUCGGUUGAUCCGUCGGUUGAGUUUUGGUGGAUCGUUGUCCAUGUGUUCCCGUGCGCCGAUGAGGCUGCACCGGCUGAUCGAGGGAGUGCUGGAGUCUGCAGUGGAGUGCGUGGGAUGCACGGGCUCUGCGUCUCGUCAAAGUGCUUUUAGUACCUUUAGGUGUUAGAAAUUGUUCGUAUCUGCGCCUUUUUUAACCGCGAGUGCAGUCCCUUCGUGCCGGCAUGAAAGGCCCCGCGAUGUAGUGGUCAGAGAGUGGAGUGCGCGUGCCAGCCGACCAGCCACGGCCCCGGAGACCAGAAGCAAGGCAGAAGCGGACCAGGUGGAGUAGCAGCCGACAGACAUCGCCCGGGUGGAAGAUGGCGAAGCGCGUGUGGAAGUCGAUCAUUCGGCGGAAGAACAAGCCGGUCGGCAACAUGGCCUUCGGCGCCCUCGCCGUCACCCACGAGGAAGACUGCCCCGUGGUCUUCCGAGCGAAGGAGGGCUCGCCGGACAGCCGGGCGACACGGGCGGCCAACAAGCGCUUCACCAUCAACCUGGGCGUGGAGGACCUGCCGUCGGUGCCGCGGCCGGAGUCCAUGGCCAAGUUCUACACGGACGACGAGGUGGGCGUCGUCAAGCGGCGGAGGAGCAGCCUCGCGAUCUCCUCGACCUCCGGGGACGAGGAGGAGGCCAACCCCUUCCUGAUGAGGGAGCACAUGAGGAAUGAGGAAGCCGAAAGGCUCGGCCUCAAAGCACGCCCGGAGACCUGCUACCUGGACAAGGAGGUCAAACUGCGGGAGAGAAGGAAGUCGCUGUUCAUGGCGCAGGAGUUCCCGAUCAGCAUGGGCGGCGCGGGGCGCGAGCGCGCGCACUCGAAGCGCGACGGCAUGUGCUUGCAGGGGGACCAGUUCUGCGAGGACCUCAAGGAGAACAUCCCUGCCGGCGAGGACGUUCGCUCGCCGGGCUCGGACAAGGUGUUCUUCGGCGACGACGCCGACAGCAACCCCAAGUCCCCCGAGGAUAACCGCACGUUCUCGCCGAGCAUGCGCCAGGACAUCGCCCUCAGCGUCGCUACGCAGAUGCUGGCGGCCACGGGCGCCGGCGAUGGCGUCUCUCCCGGGGAUUUUAUCAACUUCACCAACGACCUCCCCCCCGUCCCCCCGCCGCGGCCCAAAAGGGACGCCCGCAAGAAGGUCCGCGAGAAGGCGGACUCCCCCGCCUCCCCGGCCGGCCACCAGCUCGCAGAGUCCUCGUCCUUCUCCUCCUCGUUCCAGGGCUUGUCUGACAGCCCCGGGACCCCCGACACCCCUGGCAGCGCCUCCUCCGGCAGGUCCUUCUUGCUGUCGGCGGGCAUGGAGUCCCCGACCAUCAAGUCGCGGACGCUCGACUACCGGACCAAGCGCCGCAGCCAGGAGGCGGAGGGAUCGCUGCGCGUGUACAAGCAGCGGAGUUCGGACGACUUGUCGCGCGCGAGGAGCCGCGUGCUCGUGCGGAGCGUGAGCGAAUUCGUGGAGCCGACCGCCAAGCCGACGCGCCCCGGGAACAGGCGGUCGAACAGCGACAAACUGAAGCCCCGGAAGGGCGACAAGGACUCGCCGUCGUUUCGCGAGCGACUGUUCCGCUCCUCGAGGAAGGACUCAGGUGAGGAGGGCCUCAAGACGUCGCGGAGCCUCCCCACGCGCACCUUCGACCGCUUCAGGAGUGUCAAGGGGAAGGGCAGCGGGAGCCGCAUCCGCAAGAGGAGCUCCGGUUGCGCUUCUGACGACGAUGAAGGUGUGGUGGCGGGGGUGCCCCAGCAGCGACAUGGUGAGCGCGGUUCGUCUUCGCCUUCGUCACCCAGCAUCGGGGCGUCGCGCUCUGCCGAGUCUACGCCCAUCAAGAUAGUGCCCGCCCAUAGAGACCGGGUGUGGGCGUGGGGGUAA